AUGGUGAUGCCAGCCACUUCUGUUGGCGAGAAAAUGCCCAUGGACGGGCAUGACGGCGAUGCAAGUGACAGUCACGAUGGCGGUCGCCAUGACCAAGGAUUUCUGUGUGAUGGCGAGAAGAACAACAUGGCUACCACAGCAGCAGCAGCAGCUGCAGUAGUCGACAAGGAUGAUGCCAAGUGGAUGGAUUCCCAUGCCCAUUUACAAUGGAUUCAACAUCAUCAACAGGCAUUACGCCAACGUCAAGAGAAAUUAGACGAUCGAAGAGUGCAAUUAGUCCAACGUUGUCGACAAAUUCAAUCCACUCAAAUGAUGCAACAUGCCCAAGAUGAAUUGGCUCAAGUCAUGCAACAACAUGGCUAUCAAGCGCGUCUUAUUUUAACAGCCAUGAUGAAUCAUCAUCAUGAGAAAGAAACAUGGAAUCAAUUCCUCCAUCGUCAUCAUACCACGCUACAACAGUUUAUUGGUCAAUUUAAGCGUCAACGCAUACCAACAUGGCCUCCACAAUUCAAUCAACUGGAUGUAAAACCACCAUCGCAUCAAGCUCAACUUAAUUUACAACACAAUCAUGUCCACCAUUGGCUUGGCCAACUGGAUGAUCAAUUGACGAUGAUGGAGAAAGAGCAAUGGUCUGAUGUCACCGAGAGUAGUUCUGGUGGUGAAAGUUGUGAUGAAUUAGAUGCAGCCGAUACAGCUAUAGUAGCCCAACGGACUAGUUUUCCAACCGAUGUUAAGCAAUGGUAUUUUCAUCGAGGAUCGAUUGCAUCGCGUUGGACAUGGAUUGAAUUUCAAAAAUUAAGACUAGAAGAACGUCUCCAACAUUAUACACAAAUGUUAGAAAAACUAGAAGACAGGCAUCCAGUGGAAGCCCACUGUCCAAUAGAAGAAUCUUGUGCUCGAGUUCGGCCUAUCCGUCUGCAUCAAAAACCCAAAGUCAUUCGAUUGAAUACUGUACAAGAAAAUUGUAAUAAAUGUACUGCGUUAGCCUCAUGUUUUCAAUGCCAUCAAAAUGGUUUAGCCCAAAGAAAUGGCGACAUCGAUGUCACAACACCGUUAAAGCAACGAUUGGAACAACUUGAUCCAGCCUAUCAUCCAUCACUUUCCUAUUCUACUGAUAUACCAUUACCCUUCUACUUUGAAAGUUUACUCCGAAAACAAAUUCUUGAAAAAAGAAAUGAUGAUCCAGUAGAAUCGAGCAAGAGAUUAUCCAAGUCAGAUACCAAAGUUCCAGCGAUAAAGAAAGUUCGGAAAAAGCCAACAUUAUCCAAGAGCGCUAGUUCCGCGAUGAUGAAAUCAUAUAUAGAAAGCCAAUCGAAUUCAGCAACACCCAAAAAUCGUAAAAGUGACAAUAACACGACAAAAUUAUCACAAAGUGAUUGCAAGAAACGUAAAUCGAGCCAAGAACAAAUUCCUACCGUUACUUCAAAUUUAAAUAGAAAUAAAAGUACACCUAGUCAACGACAUCCUAUUGAAACACCGACUAGAUUAUCUGCUUCAUUACCAGCUUCAGUCUUACGAAAUAAUAUUACAAGUGUUCAAUCGGUAUCGUCGAAAAGAAAGAGAGGCAGUUCUACUGCUUUCGAUAUCAAUAAUAUUGUUAUACCUUAUUCAAUUGCAUCGGCAACGCGUGUUGAAAAGCCUCAAUAUAAAGAGAUUUUAACACCGAGUUGGAGAUUAAUUAAAAAACCCAAAUUUGAUGGUGAUCAGCCAACGUUAACAUCGAACAACGAUGAUGAUAAUGAUGAUAACGCUAUGGAGAAUAAUACAAGUAAUACGAGUAAUGUCAAUGGAACCAAUUCGUGUCAUAAUACAGCCAACAAUAUUGAACAUCAUGUCAAUGCAGUAUCACCUACGCAUCAUAGUAACGAGGAAUUGAAGGGAAAUAGUCGUUUUGAUGGUAGUCAUUCAAGCCAUUCUGUAUCGGUGUCAUUAGGUGAAAGUAAGAAAAAGAAUAAAAAUAACACCAAUUGUACCAAUACUACUACUACAACUGUAGAUAGCGUACAGUUGAAGGUAGAUGAGAGUAAAAUGGACCCAUCUGUACCUCAUGUACAGCCAACAAGUAAUGUCAAUAAUGGUACAAGCGAUAACGUCAAGCAAAAUAAUAAUACUACUACUACUACCGCCUCCACUACCACCACCACCAAUCCUGUUGACAACAUGAAUGAGUGUGAAGAUUUGUCGGAUACUAUUUUUAUCAAGCGACACGCAAAGUAUGAACUUGAAGAAAGAAUGAAAUUUUAUACCUCCUAUAUCAAGAAAAAGAGUAGAACACAUAGCCAAAAUGGUAGCUCGACAGAAAUCACUCCAUCAACGCCUAUUCAUAAUAUUAGCAAUAUUUUUAUUGACCAUGAUGCAUCAUUAAAAAAUUUUGUCAUGGAUGAAAGUAAAGCAAUCUCCAGUCGUAGAUCAAGUCGUAGUAAUAGCUCGACAUCAGUGUCGACACCGACUGGAAGGACUGAUAUGUGGGAUACACCAUCCGCAUUAACAUCACCAUGGAUAAAGAGGCAAUUUCCGCUAUGCAAAGGAGAAGAAUUACAAGCAUUACUGGAGCCUGAGCCGAUAACAUGGGCAGAAGAUGAUAGCGCUAAAAGUGGAUAUGUUGAACAUGAUGAUGCUAUCAAUGUGCAAGAUAACGGUAACACCAAUUGGUCGAUUGCUUGGAGCAAUAAAAAUGAAAAAGUUAAAAGCCAGGACGAAAGUAAGCAUCCGUUAGUGUUAAAGUUAACCAAAAGAUAG